CCGCCGGAAGCGCGGCCCGGUGGCGGCGCGCAGGGCUCAGCGCGGGGGAUUUGGACUCGCUGCCGGCCGGCCCCGGAGGGCGUGAGGCGAGGGCCGGGCCGUGCCGCCAUGGCCCUGGCGCUGCCGGUGCUAGAGCCGCCGUGGCCGCCGAGCCUGUCCCCGCUGAAGGCAGUGGAUGACUUGUUGCGGUGCGGGAUAUGCUUCGAUUACUUCAGCAUUGCGAUGAUCAUUCCACAGUGUUCGCAUAACUAUUGUUCCCUUUGUAUACGCAAGUUUUUGUCCUACAAAACUCAGUGUCCAGCAUGCUGUGUGGCAGUCUCAGAAUCUGACCUGAAAAAUAACCGGACAUUAGAUGAACUAGUGAAGAGCUUUAAUUCUGCAAGACAACAGCUGUUCCGGUUGGUCUUGGAUGCUCCACUGAUUUCAUCGCCAUUGGCCUGUAGCAGGUAUUCAGCUGGCAAAAGCCACGUUACGAGUCCUGUUUCUUGGCCAGUUUUAAAAGAAGAGGUGCCAGUGAUUGACAGUUUCUUGAGAAAGGAAAAAGUUUGCACCUCGACAAAGGCAGAUGGCCUGGCAGGAACAGAUCAGAAGAUUUUCAAAACUGAGGAAGACCAUAACUUUUACAGCAGUUCUGCAGAGGUUGAUGGUAAAGACAGUGAAGGGGGAUCACAAGAGAGUCCUGACUGCACCAAAAGUCAUGAAAAGCCUUCUACAUCUGUGGUAAAAGUAGUCAAGAAAGUGGAAUGUCCUGUUUGUGAGGUUACUAUUCCAGAGCAGUAUAUAAACAAACAUCUGGAUAGCUGCUUGACACGAGAGGAGAAGAAGGACAGCCUCAGAAGUUCUACUCACAAAAGGAAGCCUAUGUCUAAAGUUGUUUACAACUUGCUCUCGGAACGUGAUUUGAAGAAGAAACUAAAGGAGCAUGGUCUGUCUACCCAUGGCACCCGACAACAGCUCAUUAAGAGACACCAAGAAUUUGUGCACAUGUAUAAUGCUCAGUGUGAUUCUCUAAAUCCCAAAUCAGUUGCAGAGGUUGUUAAAGAGUUGGAAAAGAAUGAGAAGAUUCGGGUUCAGCUUGAAUUUAAUAAAUCCGGUGAAAAUAGCUUGACCUUCACAAAGAACCAGACAGAGGAAGAAAUAGAUGAGAUCCACACUGAUUAUCGAAACAAGCACAGAACUGAAUUUCAGUUUUUGGUGGAUCAAGUAAAUUCUCGGUGGAAGAAAAAUGGGAAGAGGAAAACAGAAAGUGCUCAAAACAAAGACGACGUCACUGUCAAAGAAUUGCCAGUGGCCACAGAACAUACAGAAGAGCAUCGCUUAGCUCUCGUCCUUGGAAAAGCCCAGACAAUCAAAACAGAAACUCCUGAUGGCAGAAGUGAAUCUGCUCCCAUGGCGGAAGGCCAGAGAUCGGUCUCUCCUGCGUUCUCACUGUCAUCUGGGUCAACAAGCAGCUCCAGUUCAGACAUUUUGAGAGAUCUGCAAGGGCCUGAGACAUGUUCAGCAUCCUCUGACAACAGCUACUUUCUGGGUCUGCAAGUUAACAAAAGAAAGUCACAUCGGCCCCGAAUGCCAGAAAAUGAUCAACUGCUUCCCAAGAGUAAGCGGAAGAAGAGCUAGUGCUGCAGUGGUGCGACGCUUAAAACCGUGCAGAAGGCUUAACGCUGAGAAAUACUUCUUAGCUUUUCCCAGUUUUCGGCGUAUCUGGGUACUUAUUAAAAUGCUGAAUUUUCACAUAACUGUCAUUCAGACUGCCUCAAAAUAACCAGAUUGGGGUGCUGAUGUUUCUCUUCCCAGCACUGUGGGCCAUCUAACUCUGAGAUGGGGCAUAAAUGACCGGGGUGCCGCUGCAGCCUUGAGCUGGGUUCUUGGCAGCGUGGUAGCGUGGCCGCUGACGGACGUGGCUCUGCGUGGCCGCUGUCCCCGCUCCCAUCCCGCGGGAGCUUGCCCUGCCCCUGCCCCCCUGGAAGCGCUUGUGGGGCAGCGUUUUUCUUGGGGGACGCUGAUGCUCCAGUGACCUGGCUGAGGUGGUGGGGAGGCGUGGGGGGAGCUGAGGGACAGAGACAACUUCUUCUGUUCUACAUGAAUACGCUUGGCUUUAUGGAAUAUGUCCGUGUAAA